AUGGCCGACACUCGCUGUGCUAACCCGGAACUACAACUUGACGUGGACUUGAUGAUGCUGGAAUAUACCUUCUACCAUGCGACCCAAGCCCAAUUUGACUUCCUAUUCUCCGGAUGUCAGGACGAAGACAAAGCCGCCGAAGCGACCCGCCUUCUCACAAUAUUCGACUCCUUCAUCCGUCUCUUCGCCCAAGAUCACCCUUCUUACGAGAAAACACCGGAAUUUCAUCUCAAUGUGAAGAUCCUCGAGUUGUUGGUCCUGCUAUCCAGUCGAUCGACAGGCCUUCAACAGCAGUUUUCGCCAGACAUGUCCAAGAAGCUCCACGACGAAACGGUUGAGAAUUUAAAGGCUCGUCGGAGAUGGCUUAUCGCUCACCAAAGGCAGGCGCAAAGACGGGGAAAGCAGCUUGCCGGAUCCGACGCUACAGAUGUGACGGACGAUGUGGAGAUCCUCAUAUACAAUUCGUGGACUCGGCACAAAUCCGGGAGUUCGGUGUCCUCUCAUCCAUCGCCAUCGGAUUUCUUGCCACGCUUCCUCGACCUUUUGACACGGUUUAUGGAAAUCUCUGCCGAAAUUGCUGCUCUGCGAGGUACGCCCGAAGAAAAAUGGAUGCAGAUUGCUUGUGAAUUCAUGCUUCAAGCCAGUCUCGAGUCGAUUAGGAUUCGGCUUCGAGAUAGUGGUAACGAAGAUAUGUUUCUACCGCGACUUGACGAUUGUUUUGCCUGGGGCUAUUUCGAUGCCCCAGACGAACUUAUCGGUCCAGAUGAUCAAGCGCAUGUGGAUGAGGAAUUGGCCUUUUUCAACCACCUCUUCCGUGCUCCAACCAAUGACGGAGCGGUGGAUGAAUCCCCACCGAGGGAAAACCCGACAUGGACCAAACUGCGCAACGAGUAUCUCUCCGAAUUUCACAUUGCAGAUGACGCUUCAGCAUCAUCACAGACUUGGCGAGUGGAUCGUCUGGCCCAAAAAUACCCCCCCGAAAGUUUUCAGGACCAACUUGUCCAGUUCCUGAAGAAUGCAUGGGACCUGGCCAUGGUCAACAAGCCCGUUCUCGUUCAAAUUGAGGAAGGGCAUUUGAAGAGCUUGGGGGUUGAAGGAGCCGAGUUUGACGACUUUAUGGUUCGAGUUGGCUUAAGAGAGGAUCUGAACGGGUCUUUGAAAUUGAAGUUAUGA